AUGAAGAUCAUCAGCACUGCCAAUGUACCUCCUCAACAGAUUGAUUGGUGGGGAGAGGAGGUAGAUAGGCAGGUCUCAGGAAGCGGAAAGGCUUUGGCAAAGCUGAGCAACGAGAUGAAGGAUAAGAUCUUCCAGGGUGUUGAUGAUUUCCCAAUCAGUAUGGAGACCGCAAAGGAAUUGAGGUUGAAGUUGAUGGAAGAGCGGAAGAAGUAUGUGGUGGCUCAGACUCGUGCUUUCGAGGAAAGAGAGUUUAGCUUGUGUGAGCAUUGA